AUGAUGGCCUCUACGAAUGAUGGCGACCCGUUUCUUCAGGUUCAAGAAGAUGUCCUCACCCAACUCACAUCUGUGCGACCGCUGUUCGCGUCCUAUUUACGUAUACAAUCACUGACGACAGCGGGAACAUCCCCCGAGCUAUCAUCCGCGCGGGCCGACCUCGACAUAGCGCUUGCAGCAUUGGCUGAGGACCUCGCAGACUUGGUAGCUUCUGUUCGCGCCGUUGAAGGGGACCCGACACAUUAUGGACUGGAUGCAAAUGAGCUUGCACGUCGCCAGCGUAUGGUACAGGAUGUUGGCGGCGAGGUGGACGAUAUGCGCGAAGUGCUGGAAAAAGCACCGCGUAAAUUACGAAAGGGCAAUGUAGACGGAGGAGGUCCCGGGGACAUGCUGCCCGAUCCAAGUUCGUUUGCGAUAGGCGAGGACAUGGCCGGACAAAAUGAUUGCCGUAACGAAGACAACUAUGCCGAAUUUGAGAGGGAACAACAGCUACAGAUUCUCCAUUCCCAAGACCAGCAUCUUGAUGGCGUCUUCCAAACAGUGGGCAACUUGCGCCGACAAGCUGAUGAUAUGGGUCGUGAGCUUGAAGAACAGCACGAGAUGCUUGAGGUGGCCGACAACCUAGCAGACCGUGUAGGGGGUCAGCUGCAGACAGGCAUGGAAAAACUGCAGCAUGUUAUACGGAGAAAUGAAGACAGAUGGAGCAGCUGUUGCAUCGGAGUUUUAGUCAUUGUUUUAAUCAUUUUACUAGUUCUGCUUCUGAUUCUAUAA